CGGAACUUGAGGAGACGUCGAAACAUCUGUUUUGUUUUUGUAAAAAUCCUCCAUUGCUGCUCGUCUUUACCUAUACUAUAUGCAUACAUAUUGACUUCGUAAAGCACACAUGAUCGACACUUUCCAGUGUUCGUCUGAUCAUAUUUGAACACAGUUCAGCCCACCCAUCGGUUUGCGGAAAUACAGUAAGUGCGUAACAGAACUAAGAAACAGGAAACGCUUUGCUUAUCGCUCGCGAGUCUGUUCACAAGAAAACGAAACAAACACAGCAGUCAAGGCGAUGGCAAGUGCACCCCCAAUGGAGACAGCAACACUUGUGGGACACCCGCCUCCUCCAUCAUAUGAGGAGGCGUUGGGAUCAAACCCAAUGUACCCACCAGGACCCUAUCCUCCUCCAGUUGAUAUGAAGGGACCUGUGCCUCCAUAUUCAACACAAGCCUACGGCCAGGCGUAUCCACCACCACCAACCCAACAAGGUCAACCUGUCACCAGUCCUGUUGUAUCGGUUCAGACCGUGUACGUUCAGCCUGGUCUGGUGUUCGGGACUGUUCCAGUGCAGGCGCACUGUCCGGUAUGCAUACAGAACGUGAUAACCCGUCUGGAGUAUACAUCAGGAGCAUUAGUCUGGCUCUCUUGUGCGGGCCUGGCCAUUUUUGGAUGUAUCUACGGCUGCUGCCUGAUUCCUUUCUGUGUUGACAACCUGAAGGAUGUGAUACACCACUGUCCAAACUGCAGCAGCGUUUUAGGAUUCUACAGGAGAAUCUGAAGUUGUUCCAUAACAUAUGAAGGAGUUGUGAAACACAUCUAUUGUGUAUUUAUACGGGGAAACAAGUUACACCUCUUGCUAAGGAAUGAAUUCAGAGUAUCUGGGCCACUGACACAUUUGCAUUCAUACAUAUACACACACCUUAACAUACUCGUCUUUUCAUUAUAAACUGAUUUAAUUGAAAAAAAUUUUUAUAUAAUUGUAUUAACAUACAUCACCAUUGUAAAGAAACCUCUGUAACAUGUGAUUUGUAUAUAAUUACUGUGAAAUUACUAUAUACUCAGUUCUAUCUCCAAUCAAACUGACCUAGAAAAAUAUAAUAUAUAUAUAAAUAAAUAUGUUUAUGCUUUCUCACUUAAAA